UUUGACACCGACUUGGAGAGUUGAUAAUGGGUGAUAAAGCUAAGAGGUACGGCAGGAGAUUAAGAACUAAUGUGAAUCCUUUAAAAUUGAGUCUAAGUAAUAAAGCUUUUAAUGAGAAAAUAAGAAAGAGGCGUACCAGAGAGAGUAAACAGGUGAAUAGUAGUAGUGGUAAUGGCAAUUCAGAAGUUAUUAUUGAUGGUAGUUGCAGCAGCAAUAGUGAGGAACAUAAAAUUAUCAGACAGAGUGAGGAUAAUAAGAAGAUGAAGAUGGAGAACAAUUGGAAGCCAAUGGCCAAGUGUAGUGUGGAGAAUAUUGGUAGUAGUAGCCUCAGCAAUAGAGAGGAAAAUGAUAUUAUUAAGAAGAUGGAGAUGAAUAACAAUUGGAAGCCGAUGGCCAAGUGCAGUGCGGAGAAUAUUGGUAGUAGUAGUAGCCUCAGCAAUAGCGAGGAAAACGAAAUUGUUAGACAUAGUGAGAAUAAUAAGAAGAUGAAGAUGAAGAUGGAUAACAAUUGGAAGCCAAUGGCCAAGUGCAGUAGUGGCAACAAGGUUCUGAGCAGCAGCAGUAUUUUCGAUCACUAUAGAAUAAUGCGUGGGAUAUUGAGUAGGCUCCCUGUCAAAUCACUCAUGCGAUUCAAGUGUGUAAGCAAACAUUGGCAGUUCUCAAUUUGCCAAGAUCAAGGCUUGAUUGAUUUACACUUCUCUCAGUCAAAGCAACAUUGUCCAGAUCUCUUUCUUGUUGUUCCUCGUUAUACCGUUAAUCGCUCUGGAAGAUACCCUGCGCGCAGGAAUACAAGGGGGUAUGCGGGUGCCCGGGAGUGUAAGUAUCAACAGUCUUUGUUGCUAGGCAAUUUAUUUGAAAGUGGAACAUCGCCGGCCAUUAGAACUACUGUUCGAAAAUCAGAGCAAAAGCCAUUUCAUUAUACUAAGAUUCUACCACCUGUUAAUGGUUUGAUUUGCUUUGUUAACCGUCGUUCAGCUGCCGUUUGCAUAUUAAAUCCAAGCACUAGAGAACGAACGCCAUGGAUCGUUUCUUCGCUUCGUCAAAACAAAAAGUACAAUUUCGUUGAAGAAUAUGCUCGUGCUGUAUGGUUACCAACUUACUUCUUUGGAUUUGAUCCUGCCACCAAACAGCACAAAGUUGUAUGCGCUUGGUGUCUACAUGGACAAGCGACAGGUUUUUCUGGCAUCGACAGUGAAGAUGACAAAUUUCACUGGACAGGCAUUUGUGAGGUCUUGACCGUAGGGGAGAACACUUGGAGAAACAUUGAUGAGAAGGUUCCAUUUACGCACUAUCCUGUAGUCAAUUUGCUCAAAUGGUUUCAUUUACUGGGGUAGUGGUUUCGUGGGAAUCCCUGAAAA